ACCUGGCACAUUCCGCACUGCAACCCGGUGUGCGAAAUCGGCACGAAUCAGGAGUCGUAUCUACCUGUCUACAAACUCCCAAGUUGUCGUGGUCAGUGCCCAUUGCUUACCUUCAAAUUUAUUGGGUGCAAGAGUUACGGCUUUCUUUCGUCGAUAAAUGUUGACGCGGUAUUUCGGGAGUGAUUCCGGCACAGUUUUCGGGCGCGAUCCACGCUUCGCCUUCCUCGUGCUCAAAUUCAAGUACAAAGUGUGAUUCCCCGUCUGUGAUCCACCCAAAAAAGUUCCAUUUCCGUUCCGCUCAAGCAGUCUUCCACGGUGAAAGAGAACCGCCCUUUCGAAAGGAUGUCACGGAAUAUUUUUCCACGAGAUUGAAUUGUUAUUUCGAGGACAAGUUUGACGUUCUGUAAGCAUUGCCUUAAAUUGACCGCACAAAUAGCGUUAGAAUUUUAACUUAACUCUGGAUGGAUUGUGGAAUUGUUAUGACUUCCUAUACAUCGUGACCAGCAGCAGAAGUCAGGACAAUAUGUUUCCAAGGAGCGUUUACAAACAUUCGCCCGCACUCUUUCUUACUGCUCUUUCUAAAAACAUUGAUCCUUCCCACAAAGACCCGCAAAGUUACCGCAGUUAAUUGUUCUUUAUAUUCGAUUCAAAUCAUUGCUCAACUUAGGUUCGCCUAAAACCAAAAUUGUGUCUUCGUCAGGAGUUAAUAAACCAUCGCUUGAAAAAGUUUAAUUUUAGUACGUCGAUUAGCUAAAUUGAUUUUCAUUUAAAAUGGAAAUGGUUUUGUUAUUGAGGACUGACAGCAAGAGAAAUCAUAAUACUAACAUUUUAGUGAACCAUAAUAGUGAGCUGUACGCUAAAAUCAACACCUAAUAAACCUCAUUAAAACAACACACAUACUCUCGCGGAUGAAACACACUUAUUGUGAUAUUUUCUAAUGACAGGUGCACUAGUCGCUUAGCCUGGAUCUUUGCAGUAAGUGUAUUUGAUGUAUUAUUGCAAAGGAUAAUCCUCACAGAGAUUUACCUUCAAAUCGUCGAAGGAUUUAUAUUUUCAAAGUGAAACUCAAUCGAAUUAUUGUAAGUAACCGACAAAAUUGGUUGCCCUUCAUAACAGUUUUUAUCCCUUUUUUUUUACAAAAUAAAGCUAUUGAUAAAAAUGGUUGGUCUCCUGCUAAGAUUUAAAAUUAGUAUUUAUCUACUGCUUAGUAACACCUUUAAGGAGAAUUAAUGCCUCAAUUUGAACAACUUUUUCACAUAUUUACGGCAAUGGAAUCAAACGCUGAGUCUUGUGACAUCAUCUUGAGCUUGAGCCUUGAAGCAAAGUCUGAAUAUAUUUUGGCCAAUGGGAGUUGCCAGUGAGCACUGAAGCCGGAGCCGUGCGUGUGUUUUGAUCCACUGGAAGAAUGGGGAAGAAGAAAGUGGCCGAGGAGGACCUAAUGGUGCCGCCGCAAGACGGUAAAAUCUGCGGGACGAUCUGCCUCUGCCAGAUGACAGCGGUGCUGAGCAGCGUGGCGCUGGUCUACCUCACGGUGGCCAUCUACAUGCCGUCGAUGCGAGCCUUCCAGUCGGGGAUCUCGGAAGUGCCGGCGAUGUGCACGACGACGAGAGCCGUCACCAAGGACACCUGCGACUGGGGCUCCUGCGGGGAGUGGUGCCUGAGCAAAACCUCCGGGGCCUGCAUCCAGAUCUACGUGAACCUCCGGCACAACGGCUCCAACAUCCAGUACGCCAACUGCACCAACAGCGCCAACAAGACCUGCUACGGGAUCGACCAGGAGAACGCGAAGAAGUACCGGUGCAUCGCGGACGAGUGCAAGAACCUCACGGGGACGUUCAACUGCACGAUGGGGAUGUGCAUCAACAUCACGGACGCCUUCGAGUGCGUGUUCCAGGAGACGGAGCCGCCGCUCAAGUGCAGCGGGAAGCGCGGGAAGAUCACCUGCAUCGAGCUGCACGGGCUCCAGUCCUGCACGCGCGGGACCUGCGGGCGCAUCAAGUCCCCGUACAACUGCGACCGGCGCUGCGUGGACAUCCCGACCCGGAACAAGAACGUCAUUAUCCUGAGCGGCGACCGCGUCUUCCUCUCGCAGUGCCAGAGGGCGCUCCUGGCCGGGAGCGAGCAGGAGAUCUGGAGCCAGGAUCAGGACGACGUCUUCAUGUCCUCGUGCUACUCCAUCGAGACGACCGAGGACGGGAUGGAGGCCAGCGACUGCAUCAACGGCUCCACGCUCGAGAAGUCCUACCUCACCGACCUCACCAACUUCACCUACCUCAACUUCUUGAGCGUGACCAGUACCAAGAUCCUCGACGAGAGCCGGCAGAUCGCGCCGCCGGAGGAGGACCUCAUCCUGGCCAACGAGUCCCGGCUCUUGGUCAACCUGGAGGGCUGCGUCAACACGCUCCGGGACGAGUGUCGCGAGUUCCUCAAGGAGUACGGCAAGGACGGCACCGACCACAACGCCCGCGCCAGGUUCCCGUGCUUCUACGCGGAUCACAACCGAGAUACCGUCGUGGCGCGCUUCAAUCUGGCUAUUACUUUCCGCGAGUUCGUCAUCGGCUCCACCGUUCCGUCGGUUCUCUUCGUCGUCAGUUGUCUCACGCUCAUGCUCUGUCAGAGGACCGUCGAGGUGGGCGACGACUCCAAGAUGCGCUUCAAGAAGAAGGCGGCUGCCAUCAUUCCGGGGGUUGUCGCCGAUGACAUCACGCCCGGCGAUGCAGGGGGAGGAGCCCACGCAAUGGCUCUCUGAGAUCCGCUUCGCAUUCCUCUCUUGGAAGACAGCCCAACUCAUCAUCAGUGACUUCCUACAAUCUCACAAGAACAACAACAACAACAACAACAACUGGAGGUCAACGAUAGGGCUGCAAUAUACACUCGCACACUCGGGGGCAAAAAUAGAAAAAUAUUCAAACUCGUUCUAACACAUUAAUUGGAAAUAACUCGACAGACGACUAAAUUUUCCGAACACCAAAUUGUAUAGUUCUACGCUAAAUCUAAACAUUUUUAAUCAUCACGAACCCAAGCUUGGCCUACUCACUUCUGUAAUUACUCCGAAUCAGUUUUCUUCGCAUCGUUACACUCGCGCUGUAGCACAGCAAGCUUUACCGUAGUGUGCGCACGUAUCAUUUAUCGCUUUUACGAGAGAGGAUUGCGUUAAAUUAAUUACUUUAAACCAAA